AAUGGCGCGCGGUGGUCGCAUUGCAACGUCAGCUAUAUUGUCCUGCAAACACGAUCUGAUAGCACAGAACAUCGAUUCAUCAUUUGUCAUGAAAACACAGGUGAUUUGCACUGGAGUCCGGAUAUGUUAUGCAGUUUCUGAACCUUUCGUACAGAACACCACAGCGUUCAAAGAGACACUGCUGACUUGCAUAGAACGAGGCCUGACAUUUCUGGAGAUGAUGUAUCCAGACGAGUUUGCUGCUUUCAACGUGAACGUCACCCGUGUAAUUCAGAGUUUCAGGGGGUGCGCCUACAAGCACAUCCCAAGAGAAGAAAAAUAUUUCUUGCACUCGUUGCAAUAUUUCCACAACUUUGUGUCGGGAUAAAGUGUGACUAAAUGGACACCGGACGCUGAUGACAUGCUUCCUUCACGUCCCGUGUUUCUCAAUGUUGUACGCACUACCGAUAGUGAAUAAAGAAAUGCCACUA